AUGGAUGUGGGCUAUGCUGCGGGGCCUGAUGGGCCACAGUACCUUGGCGGAGAUGAAGCAGGCCAGGAGGUUGAACCCGAGGACUCUGCAGUACAGAGCGCAGUGGCCACCGCACAGACUGAGACUUGGUGUAGGCAUACACAGUGUGCACAGGUGGAUGACGAGGAAGGGGAAACUUCUGAUGAUGAAGACAAGGCUGAGGACUAUUCAAGUGAGAGCAAUUCGGAUUCAGACGAUGACAUCGACGAUGAGGGAGGACUCACAGUGUGGGAUUGGAUGGGUGCAGAAUUUGAGGCUAGGGCAAUGGCCAUCAAGGAAGAGUUGAAUGAAGAGGACAAGGCAAUGCUCCGAGCAUUUGCACUUAAAGUCGACUCUCACAUGACGACACGAACCUAUGCGAAGCUACCAUUUGUGUUUCCAAAUGAACAUAUCUCCACACUUGGUCAAGCCAAAUCUCGCAUUGCAUUCUUGUCUGGCAUCAAACCCCAAUUAUAUGACUGCUGCCGAAAUUCAUGCUGUUGCUUUGUUGGCCCGCAUGCAGAGCUCGAAACAUGCCCGUAUUGUCAUCUGAACCGCUACUGA